GUCAAAUAAUCGUUUUAGAUUUGUUAAAUCAAAAACCAAACCAAAAUUAAGAAAUUGUGUUCCACUUACAUACUUCGUAAGUAAGCCAAAAGCAAACGCAACCUUUGAAACCGCAACACAACCAAACACCCCCUCACUAUGGCCGGCCCACAAGUGCAACAUUCACAUUCACAUUCGCAGCGCCCCAAUAGCGCCUACUACAUGGGCCUGAAUGGGGGUGGCGGCGGCGGCAUAGCCACCAAUGGCCAUCAUGCCGUCGGCGGUGGAACGGAGCACACCCACACAACUACAGCGACUAGCAUUAGCACCAGCAGUAGCGCACACACCGGUCUAUAUGCGCUACGUCAAAUGUCCAACGACAUGGAGUUAAUAUAUCGUGGCAAUAGCGCCAAUGCUAGCCACCAAAGACACUCUGCCAUGUUAACGCAUGGCGUCAUUCAACAACAGCCAACCGGCGUGGCGGUGGGGACAUCAGCUGCCUUGGACAACAGCGGCAGUGUAGCGGAUGUUGUUAGUGGUAGUCAAAUUGUCAGCAUUGCUGGUCCCGGACCGAGCGCCACUGAUGCUUUAAUUGUUCCUUCAAAUUCUGCGACGACGAAACGCAGCAAUUUGGCGUCGUCGAAAUCAAAGCAACGCAGUGUCGAAAUCGUCGUCGAUGCGUCACAAUGUGGCACUGCUGGUGACGAUGAUGUGGACGGCGGCAAGUCAGGCGAUGACGUUGAGCAGGGGCAUCGUAUGUCGCGACAUCGGCGUCGGCCGUUGCAUCGUCGAUUAUUCAGCUACCUGCGCAGUUUAUUUCAAGGCAGUGCCGCUCAACAUGCCCUCUCCUUCUGGACCCAAUCAGCCGAAAUAGCACGCUUUCUGGGCUUACCGUUAGGUGAGUUAGACGAUGACAAUCAAUGA